UGCUGAGGAGCUGCAUGGUCCAUCCCUGGAUUCUCCAAGCACUGACUGCCCAUCCACUCUGACCACAGCCAGGAGCCACAUCCCACUGCCUGCCCAGCGUCCAUCCAUGGAGGUGAGCCCCGUGUCCCCAUCUUCCAUGUCACCCACUGAAGGAGACAAUCUGUGUGAGACAGAUGUCACCAGUGUGGCCAUACACAGUGCGGCACUGCUCAUCUGCCUCUGUGGGCUGGCUGGGAACGGGGCUGUCAUCGGCCUCCUCAGCCUGAAAAUCCAUAACGCUGGCAUCUUUGACCUGGCUGUCAUGGACUUGCUCUUCCUCCUCUUUGCAGUCCCCUCUGCCCUACUCAUCCUUGUGGAGGAAGUGUCCUGUGCUCCCAUCAUGCCCUUGAUGUUCAUGAACUUCCUUUUCCAGCUAUCAGUGGGCUCCUACUACUGGGGGCUGUUCUGGCUGAUGCGCAGCAGGAAUGUGCGGUAUAUGGACAAGCUCUGCAAACUCUGCUGCCACUGGGACCUUCCUUUGCGCCUGUUGUGGGUGGUGGACAGUGUCCAAUACUGGGCCUUCUUUACUCUCUUCACUGUCACUCCUGCAGUGACAUUCCUGUGCCCUUCUCAUGAGCAGGAGCACUGCCGGGCAGCUUUCAUCUCCAUGAACACCAUCAUCCUGCUCUUCUUUGCUGCUCCCGUGGUAAUUUCCAGCGCAAUCGAUUUCAUUAAGGCCAAGUGGGGCUCCCAGCAGCAGCAACCCAAGAGGCUCGACAUCGUUCUCAUCCUCACUGUGCUCCUCACUCUCCUCCUCGGCAUCUUCAAUUUCCUGCAGCACCUUGGUUACAUUGCUGCGUCCUCAGAGGUGGUUUUCCUGCUCGCCUGUAUCUACAGCAGCAUCAAACCCUUCAUCUACUUCUUCGCAGGGAGCUCCUGGAGGGCCUGCUCCGUGCAGUCCCUCUGGCUCGCCCUCCAAAGAGUCUUUGAGGAGCCAAAAGUAAAAAUGGCCCACAGCAAUGAUCCUCCCAUGGACACAGAGAGAACAGUCCCCAUUGCCUUCCUCUUCCUGGUGGAGGACGUGUCCUGCUCUCCUGUCAUGCCCAUGCUGUACCUGCGUUUCCUUUUCCAGCUGUCAGUGGUCUCCUACUACUGGGGGCUGUUCUGGCUGAGGCCUGGUGGCACUGUGCAGUAUAUGGACAAGAUCCUACGGCGCUGCCGCAAGGAGCUUUCUGAGCGAAUGUGGUUGGUGGUGGGGAGUGUUCAGUCCUGGGCCUUCUUUGCUCUCUUCACUGUCAUUCCCUCGGUGAUAUUCCUGUGUCAAUCACAAGAGCAGGAGCACUGCCGUGUGCCUCUCAUCUCCCUUUACACCAGUAUCCUGCUCUUCUUUGCUGCACCCGUGGCCAUUUCUGGCACAAUUGACUUCAUUAGGGCCAAGUGGGGCUCCCAGCAGCAGCAGCCCAAGAGGCGUGACGUGGUUAUCCACAUCACUGUGCUGUUAACUCUUCUCCUCAGCUUCUGCAAUUUCCUGCAGCAGCUCGGUUACAUUGAUGUGCCCUCCCAGGCUGUUUUCCUGCUCGCCAGCAUCAACAGUAGCAUCAAACGCUUCAUCUACUUCUUGGCAGGGAGCUCCUGGAGGGGAGCUGCUGAGGAGCCUCAUGGUCCAUCCCUGGAUUCUCCAAGCACUGACUGCCCAUCCACUCUGACCACAGCCAGGGGCCACAUCCCACUGCCUGCCCAUCAUCCAUCCAUGGAGGUGAGCACCAUAUCUCCAUCUCCCACCUCGCCUGCUGAAGGAGAUGAUCUGUGUGAGAUCGCUGUCACCGAUGUGGCCAUGCACAGUGUGACACUGCUCAUCUGCCUCUGUGGUCUGGCUGGGAACGGGGCUGUCAUCGGCCUCCUCAGCCUGAAAAGCAGGAACGCAGGCAUCUUUGACCUGGCUGUCAUUGACUUCCUCUUCCUCCUCAUUGCAGUCCCCUUCGCCCUCCUCAUCUUGGUGGAGGAUUUGUCCUGCUCUCCUAUCUUGCCCCUGUUGUAUAUGAACUUCGUUUUCCAGCUCUCAGUGGUCUCCUGCUACUGGGGACUGUUCCGGCUGAUGCCCGGCAGUGCUGUACUGUAUAUGUACAGGCUCUGCAAGCUCUGCUGCCACUGGGACCUUCCUCUGCGCCUGUUGUGGGUGGUGGACACUGUCCAGUAUUGGGCUUUCUUUGCUCUCUUCACUGUCAUUCCCACAGUGAUAUUCCUGUGCCCAUCACACGAGCAGGAGCACUGCCGGGCAGCUCUCAUCUCCGUGUACAGCAUAAUCCUGCUCCUCGUUGCUGCACCCCUGUUCAUUUCCAGCACAAUUGACUUCAUUAAGUCCAAGUGGGGCUCCCAGCAGCAGCAACCCAAGAGGCGCGACAUUGUUAUUGACCUCACUGUGCUCUUCACUCUUCUCCUCAACAUCUGCAGUUUCCUGCAGCAGCUCGGUUACAUCCUUGUGUCCUCAGAGGUGGUUUUCCUGCUCACCUGCAUCCUCAGCAGCAUCAAACCCUUUGUCUACUUCUUCGCAGGGAGGCCAGCAUCGACUUCCUCUUCCUCAUGGGCUGUCAUCUGGGUCCUCGGGUUCCGCAUUCAGAGGGAAACCAUGAAACCCAUCACUGCCUACCACCUUGACCUGGCCAUCAUCAACUUCCUCUUCCUCAUCUUCAUGGUCCCCUCCGCUCUGCUCUUCCUGCUGGAGGAUUUCUCCUGCUCCGCCAUCAUGUCCCCAGCAUACAUUCGCUUCCUUUUCCUCCUCUUCCGGAUGUUCUACAGCGUCGGGCUGUACCGGCUGACAGCCAUCAGCAUCGAGAGGUGCAGGUCCGUGCUCUGCCCACGUGGGCUCUUCUGCCACCUUCCCCAGGACCUGUCAUGGGUGGUGGUGAGUGCCGGGCUCUGGGCCCUUUCCAUCACUGUCAUUGCUGCCAUUUCUGCAGUGACUUCCCUGUGCGAGUCACAGGAAGGCAAGCUCUGCCGGGGGGCUCUCAUCUCCCUGUACAUCCUCAACUUCCUCGUCUUUGCUCCCUCCAUGGUCAUUUCCAGCAGAAUCCUGUUCAUUCAUUUCAAGGGAAGCUCCCAGCAGCAGCGAUCCAAGAAUCUUGACAUCAUUGUCUUCCUCGCUGUGCUCCUCACUCUCCCCCUCAGUCUCUGGAAUUUCCUGCAGCAGCUCGGCUACACCGCUGUGUUCCCCCGGCUUCUUCUCCUCUUUGCCUGCAUGCACAGCAGCAUCAACCCCUUCAUCUACAUCUCAGUAACAAAGUGCUGGAGGUGCUGCUCCAUGGAGUCCCUCAGGGAGUGCCUGCAGAAGGUCUUUGAAGAGCCAGAAGAAAGCACUGCCCCCAGUAAUGAUGCCACCAGGGACACGGGGGUCUGAGCCUGUUGAGCCCUUCAACUGUCCCCAUGCAGGAACAUGGGGCAGUGAUUUAGCAUCACCCUCCACCUUUAUUCCUGCAGGAGAAGGGAGCAGGGGCAGUAACAAGGGCCAUGUGGGACAGUGCUCCGCACAGAGCACAUUGGAGCAGGGCUGUGCUCCUCCCUCAUGGGUCCUAGAGCGCUGUUCCCCAAACGGAUCCUUCCCAACAGGGCUGUGAUCCCAGAAUUCCCCCUGGCACCUGGUUCCUGCAUCCCACUGAGAUCUGAUAUCAAUAAACAGCACUGUAAACCCUGAGCCGCCUUUGCCCCCUCUGCCAGCGCCUCCCAGCUUCCUCUGGCUGCUGCUGCCAGCCGGGAAUGUGGCUGGAGGGAGGGGACAGAGAGGUAGUUAGCCACAGGAAUUUUGUGAUUGUUUAGAAAUUUCAUAAUGAACUAUGUUUGAUUAGUCAAGGCAUAUUUGCCUGUGGUUUUUUAGCUGGUUUUGAUUUAGAUCUGUGUUGGCUGAGUGUCAGUAAAAAACUCUAUCGACCCAUACCCCUUAGAGAACUUACUGAAUAGAUGGACAGCAAAAUUCAAUGAAGUAUUUUUAAUGGUUAUGAUAUAACUAGAAAAUAAUUGGAUGUCAUAGAAUAGGAAUGAUAUCUUGAGAGAAUUAGGAAUUCAGAGGCCUAUACAUGCCAGAAGACUUAAUUAAUUAAUUGCAAGUGAUAAAUUGUAAUGGCAAUAAGAGAGCCAUUUCCUGGGCUUGUACACCUCAGAAAACGUAAUCAGUGGUAACUGUCUAACCAAGACAUCAAAUUUAAUAAAACAUUGUUUACUGGAAAACAAACUGGGUUAUGCAUUAAACUAAGAGAGACUACAUAUUCUGCUAGUAAUUAAAAGAAACAAAAUACCUAUACCUUGAUGCAAUAAACUGGGAGCAUUUUUGGGUGCAUCUAUUAAAAAAUCGUGGAUUUUGUAGUGUGAAAAUUGGCCAGAUAAUACUGGCUUUCACAUUUAUGUAUUAGCCUAUGCAUGUUGUUAUUGAUGAUGAGUAUCUAGAAAUCGUAUCAAUUAUAACUCUUUUUAGCUGCAUGUUUGUCUAAUAUAAUCUAUCAGCUUAAGAAUGCACUGUAUUGCUCACAGAAUAGUAGUGUAAUGAAUAUAAUAGCUAUGUAUCACUUGUGGAAAUAAUAGUGUGAUUAAUGUACUGUGUUACAGACCUCAGCAAAACAUAAGGUGUGAAAAAGGCUUUUGUGUAACUAAAAAAAAGUGUAAGGCCAUCCACUCACCAACCUGUCCAAGAGAUAACCAUGACACAAACCAGAGCACUGGAGGACAUUAGAGAAUACCAUGUUAAAUUUAAGGAGGGCAUACUCAAAUCUCAUCAGAGGAUGUGAAACAGCAGCAUGGAGACACAAGAAGAAAUAAAACAUAUUGACCUGACACCCAGAAUGUCAUGCAGAUAAGCCAGAGGGUGAAAACGAGUUCCCAAAACAUCAGAAAGUUCAGAAGAAUGUUUGAAUAAUGCAUGAAACACAUGAAUAUGCAUGCAUAUCAGCAAUGUAACACUAUAAAAAUCAACUUGUCUAUUACACACCACUCCCCCCUUCCGUGUUCUUUGACUGUUGGCCAGGAGCAACCCAGCACUGGAAAUAUGGUCCUUUUUUAUCCUAUU